CAGACCUGACGCCACCACCUCCAACAAGUCAACGUCACUCCAUCUCUCUCUCUCCAUUCCUUCCCUGGAACUACCGUUACUCUCUUUCUCUCUCCAUUUUUUAUUCAUUCCUUCUCUGCAACUGCGAGCGCGCCUUCUCUUUCCAUUACUAUUCCUUGUUUCUAUGCAACUUCUGUAACUUGUGUCCAAAGGAGUUUAUUCCUCAUUGAUGGCAUUCUUCCGCCCUUUUCGCCCACUGCCCCAACCCUACCGAACCACCACAACGUCUCCGCUACUCUCCCACAACAACAGAAUUAACAACUCUUUCUCUCUCAUCACAUCCUUUGCUGAUCACCUCUUUCCCACUUCUCUCUCUACAGGGCAACACACCUCCACCCCUUCUCUAUCUUCGGAGAAACUCACUCGAUUUCCAUCAUUUAAGACCAGAGCUCGUUUCAGCUUUCAUAUCAUCUCCUCCCCUAAAAGCCUCCCUCUCAUCUCUCCAAACGAUCACUGGGGUACAUGGACCGCCAUUUUCUCGGCUGGAGCUUUCGGACUAUGGUCGGAGAAGAACACGAAGAUUGGGAGUGCUUUAAGUGGAGCUCUGGUUAGCACAUUGGUUGCGUUGGCAGCGAGUAAUUUGGGGAUUAUUGGGUGUGAAGCUCCUGCUUAUUCAAUUGUCAUGGAGUAUUUGCUCCCUUUAUCUGUUCCUCUUUUGCUCUUCAAAGCUGAUCUUAGGAGACUUGUGCAAUCAACCGGGACACUGCUCUUGGCCUUCUUGCUUGGAUCAGUUGCAACAACAAUUGGAACGGUUGUAGCAUAUCUAUUGGUCCCCAUGCGGUCGCUUGGUAAUGACAGCUGGAAAAUUGCUGCAGCUCUUAUGAGUAGGCAUAUUGGUGGAGCCAUCAAUUAUGUCGCGGUCGCAAAGGCUUUAGUUAUCUCUCCAUCAGUUUUGGCAGCAGGACUAGCUGCAGACAAUGUUGUUUGUGCAAUAUACUUCACAUCUCUUUUUGCACUGGCCUCUGGAAUACCUCCUGAGACAACAACUUUGACAAAUGAGCAGGAAAUGGAGAAGGAAGCCGAAUCUGGUAGCUUACCAGUGUUGCAGACUGCAACAGCUCUUGCCUUAGCCCUUGCUAUAUGCAAGUUUGGUACAUUCUUUACUACAUUGUUUGGCAUCCAAGGUGGUGGAAUUCCAUUCAUAACAGCAAUCGUGGUUCUCUUGGCGACAUGGUUCCCACAGCAAAUUGGGUCCCUUGCACCUGCAGGGGAAGCUAUGGCUUUGAUUUUAUUGCAGGUCUUCUUUGCUGUCGUGGGAGCGAACGGGAGCAUAUGGAAUGUUAUCAAAACAGCACCUGGCAUUUUCACCUUUGCACUGAUCCAGGUUUCUAUUCACCUUGCUGUUAUUCUUGGAGUAGGAAGAUUGAUGGGCUCUGAUCAGAAGCUCCUGCUCAUCGCCUCAAAUGCCAAUGUGGGUGGCCCCACAACUGCCUGCGGAAUGGCAACUACAAAGGGAUGGGCGACACUUAUAGUGCCCGGUAUUCUUGCCGGUAUAUUUGGAAUUUCGAUUGCAACUUUCCUUGGUAUUGGCUUUGGGAUGAUGGUUCUCAAACAUAUGUGACAUCAUGCUGGAUUAUUUAUCAUUCCAAUGUAGUGUAACUUUGUUGUAUCAGGUAUCGGUUUCUAUUUCUUGUGGAAGUUUUCGACAAAUCAUGUUUGUUAAGAUAUUUGCAGAAGUUAAUGAUAUUUAAGGAAUUCCACACAAA